UGAUAAAUAUAGCCAGUCUGCACGUACAAGUAGCAUUUUUGGGGGCAGAAGCCAGAAGCAUUUUAUGUUGCACAGAUCUGAAACACUGUAAAAACUAUGUCAGCACCUAGAGUUAGUGCAUGCAGAAUCUUGGUGUAUUUUGCCAUAGCAUUAAUUCAGGGAUGGACUGUUGGGAUUACAGCGCAAGGGUCAUCUCCAAGUUGCCAAGAUGUUGAAACAGAAGUUGUGUUUUUAUUCGAUGGAUCAAAGGACUUGAACAAUUCAGACUUCCUCCUGCUCAAAAAUGCCAUCGCCACCUACAUCAAUCAGUCAUCUGAGAAAACAUUUAAGUUUGCCGCAGUCCAGUUUUCACACAACUUCAAAACAGUGUUCACAUUUAAAGACUACCAGGAUGGCCGUGCUUUGGACUACCUCAAACUGGAGGUGCAAAUGGCAGCCCAGAGAAACACCUAUGGGGCAAUGGAGUAUGCUCUAAAUGUAUUUACAACAGCAGCUGACAUUGCAGAAAGGUUUCUGAUCAUUUUUACACGUGGACCUCCCGAUGAUAAAGCAGAGGAUUACCAGCAUGUGCUCCAAGCAUACAAGGAGAAAGACAUUCAAACUGUUUUCAUCAAGGAUAAUCAACCCUUCAACCCUCCAACAUUUACCAUCAAAGAUUUCAGAUUUCAGCAUGUAUCUGAGAAGCUGAAUCUCAUUCUAGGUGAUCCUAUUGAGAAAUUAGAUGUGGUCUUUCUGUUCGAUGGAUCCUUGAGCAUGAAAACUGAAGGUUUUAACAGGAACAAAGACUUCAUUUCAUCCUUCAUGCAGAAACAAUCUGGCAAAUUCAUUCAGUAUGCAGCGGUGCAGUUUUCAUCUAAUGUGAGAUCAGUCUUCACAUUUCAAGACUACCAGGAAGGGAAGGCUUUAUCUUCUCUCCAGAAUGAACAGCACAUGAAAUCAUUGACAAAUACUCACAAGGCUUUGCGAUACACACUAGACAACAUUUUUGAUGACCCAACAGCUGGUGGAAGGAAAAGUGCAAGCAAAGUUGUGGUCCUUAUAACUGAUGGAAAUCCGUCGGACUCUGCAAAAUGGGAGGGCGUUAACAUAUUGUCUACUUAUGAGGAGAGGAACAUCGGCCGUAUUGUCAUUGGAGUGGGAUCAGAGGUUUCAAGCCACCAUCUACAACGUAUUGCUUCUGUGGAUAAAUAUACAAAUAUUAUGGACUAUAGUGGACUGGAGCAUAUGCAUCCAGUGAUAUUCAAGAUGUUGCUGGGAACCGCUAAGGUUUGCUAACUGUUAUUGGGGAGAGAUGGCAGCAGAAGAGGGCACCCCCAUGGCUAAUCAAGGACUGUUUUUGUGCUGUAUAUCUGAAGGACACAUCCCACAGUAGCAAUAGCUGUCUCAUAAAAAAACGUUAUUACCUCUUUGUAAAUAAUGAAGUAAUUCCCAAAAAAUUGUCCUUCAAAAAGCAAAAGAGAAGAAAACACUUGAUAUAGAAGUGGCAAACAAAGGCUACAUCAAACUCAUCCAGUAGGAGCUGACCACUGCUGUGCAGCUGUAGAACUAAGGUAGGCCUAUCCUACUGGAACUACACUAUAUGAAACCAAAAGUCACCUACUGUGUGCAGCCAGCUUCGCUGCUUGGCCCCUAAUAAUAAUUAAGAAAACCUACUAACACUCUAGGGGCCUUCGCCAGCUUCGCUGCUUGGCCCCUAAUAAUAGUAAUAAUAUGAGUAAUAAUAAAUUAAUCAAGUAAACACAGAAUGUGACUUAUAUUCUAUCAUCUAGGCCUAUGUCUCUUAAAUGUUACCCAUUCCACUUUUGCCUUCCUCUCCUUUAUCCUGACCUGAAUCAAGAGCACAACAUCAACCCACUUGGUCAACGACAGAAUUUCAACUUAAAAUGUCAUCUGUAUCAUUUGUGCUAGUGUUCUUACGUGUGUAAAAUAAAACAUAUAAAC